AUAUUCAUGAGCGGCCAUAUUCGUCAAGCCUGCUUUCUUUUGGUUGAGACAAAGUAAGAUACUUGCAUGAGCUUUGCGGCUUUCUUAUAUUUCUAACCCCAUUCCACCGCCUGCCUGCUUUAUAUUGCCUUACCAUUUUUGCUCCAUAAUGGCAACCGCAACUUCAACUCCGGCCGGCCAAAGAAUAAGCACCCGCUCGACCGCCGGUAGCACUCCAUUGAGCCCCACGAGGAUAUCCAGGUUGCAGGAGAAAGAAGACCUCUGCAAUUUGAACGACCGUCUAGCCAUUUAUAUCGACAAGGUCCGGAGUCUAGAGUCCGAGAACAGCGUUCUUCACCUGCAGAUUUCUGAGAAGGAAGAUGUAAGAACCCGGGAGCUUACUGGUUUGAAAUCACUGUAUGAAACCGAGCUCGCUGACGCUAGAAGAUCUCUCGAUGACACCGCCAAAGAACGCGCGAGGUUGCAGAUUGAAUUGGGAAAGAUCAAAUCCGACCAUGAGCAGUUAUUGCAGAACUUUGCCAAGAAGGAGUCUGAUGCGGCUGGCGCCCUGGCCCGGCUCAGGGACAUGGAGACCCAGCUGAACUCGAAGGAAGCGAUGUUGGCCACCACACUGUCAGAGAAGAGGGCCCUGGAAGCCAGCCUGGCUGACCUGCAGGGAACUGUCCAGGAGUUGGAUUCUGGCCUGAUCUUUGCCAAGAAGCAGCUGGGAGAGGAGACUCUGCUUCGCAUCGACCUGGAGAACCGUUACCAGAGCCUGUCUGAGGAGCUGGAGUUCCGCAAGAACAUGUUCGAGGAGGAGAUCAAGGAGACAAGGAGUAGACACGAGACUCGUCUGGUGGAGGUGGACUCUGGCCGGGCUGUGGAGUACGAGUUCAAGCUGGCCCAGGCCCUGACUGAGAUGAGGGGGCAGCACGACGAGCAGGUCAAACUGUACAAGGACGAGAUGGAGAACACUUACGUGGCCAAGCUGGAGAACGUGCGCCUGUCGUCGGAGAUGAACAGCUCGUCGGCCAGCAUGGCCCGUGAGGAGCUCCGGGAGUCGUGCCUGCGUGUGGAGAGCCUAGCCUCCCAGCUGGCCAGCAUGCAGAAAGAGACCCGUGGAUGGCAGGACCGGAUCCACGAGCUGGAGUCAGCCCUGGCCCAGGAGAGGGACACCAGCCGCAGGAUGCUGGGGGAGAAGGAGCGGGAGAUCGCGGAGAUCCGGGCCAAAAUGCAGAUGCAGCUGGACGAGUAUGAGCAGCUGCUGGAUGUCAAAUUGGCCUUGGACAUGGAGAUCAAUGCCUACAGGAAGCUACUGGAGGGAGAGGAGGAGAGACUGAAGCUGUCCCCCAGCCCGUCGUCCCGUGUCACCGUCUCCCGUGCCCAGUCCAGCUCUCGCAGCGUGCGUACCGCCCGGGGAAAGAGAAAGCGUGUGGAUGUGGAAGAGCAGGAGGCCAGCAGCUCUGUCUCCAUCGCCCACUCCGCCUCCACCACCGGCCCAGUGUGCAUUGAUGAGCUCGACACUGACGGGAAGUUCAUCCGCCUGCACAACACCGCCAAUGAGAACCAGGCCAUGGUGGGCUAUGAGCUGACCAGGACCAUCGGAGACGUUUCUGCCACCUACAAGUUUACUCCCAAAUAUGUCUUGAAGGCAGGCCAGAAAGUCACGGUGUGGGCGUCCAAUGCAGGUGUGGCCUCCAACCCCCCCACAGACUUGGUGUGGAAGAGCCAGGCGUCCUGGGGCACAGGGGAAGAUGUCCAGGUGCUGCUGCUCAACCCUCAGGGAGAGGAGGUGGCCAGGAGGAGCACCUCGUACAAGACAGCCAUGGAGGAAGAUGAUGAUGAGGAUGACGAGGGAGUGGAGGUCAUUGAGGAAGAUCUCUUCCACCAGCAGGGAGACCCACGCGCCACCAAGAGGGGUUGCUCCAUAAUGUGAUCUUACCAGUACACCCCCACCCCUUCACACCCCCCUCUCUCAACCAGUCUCAGCUGCCAACCGAACUACCACAGAACUAUUUUGUAUCUUUUUAGUGUAUUAUAAGAACCGUGUGAAUUUCUAUUCUGCUCUUUUUAGUUUGAAAUUCCUCAUAUCUCAAGAUUGUAAAACUGUUUUUUUCUUCUUCCCCACAUUAUUUUUUUUAUGUGUAAUCCUAAAAUGAACCAUCACUACUUACAUUUUUCUGAACCAAAUAAUGUUUUCUAGUCCCAGUAGUUUCUUUUGUAGAGUAUUACUUUGGACAGCUCUGUGCAGGAGAGGCAGCUUGCAGAAUGAAUCUGUACCUCGAGGUGCUGUGACUUUGUUUUGUUUUUACAUCUGAUUUUCGAUAAAUAUAACAUUUUAACGGCCUCUUUUAUAGAAGGUAAUUUUAUUAGUGUUUUUUUUUUCUUCUCGCUCAGAUACUAGUUAGACAGCCAGGUUGUUGCAUACUUCAGAAUGUAGGUAAUGUUUAUGUGAAACUAGAAGGAAUAAAGCUUUCCAAUUUGAAAGAAGCACGCAGCUUUUCGAAAUGGUCCUCCAUUCGUGUACUUAUGGAUGACCGCUUUUGGUAUUGCAGGUAUUGGCAAAGUUUGUCUUAACGUUACACACUACACCACAAGGUGUCAGUGUUCCAUUAGCUAAGUUUCCAUCCAAUAGUUGAGAUUUUCACAUGAAUAUUCUGAAUUCAGCAUAGAAAAAAUGUGGCAAUUUUCCCACCAGGCGUGUUUCCAUCAAACUGACUUGCUGCGGAUGAAAGGCUGUGCGUGACGAUGUAAUGUUUCCUGUAUCGAACCCCCCAAAAAAACAUGCAUUUCCAUAGCAUUCAACUCUAAAGAUUGUUUUAUUUCCUUGGUAGUAGGCUACAUCGCGUGACUCCCAAGUUUACUAAGACGUGAUGGUUUUUAUACAAAUAUUUGCUCAUAAAAGCAUUUCAACCGCAAUUAUCACAAUUUCACUGACAAAAUAUCUCACCUUGCCUAGCUUAUUUUGUUGUCGACAUUGGGACGUUUUACUGACACAUUUGCUGUUUCCUUAAGGCCUGUCGUAACUUUUUUUUCAUCCGGUCAUUCAUCUGCAUGGAAUGGUUGGAUGGAAACAUGGUUACUGAGAAGAAUUUCCUGUCUGCUAUAUUCUUCAUAUAUUUGACUCGAUAUUCUACAGCCAAGACUGUUUUACAAGACAAUGCUGUAUACUACCAGUUGACUCUGUGGGAAAAUUGUUUUCAUUUUAUUUAAUUGUAUCACAUCAGCUUUGAUGCAGAAAUGGCUAACUCGAGCCUGCUGUCUUGGUCAGAUUUUCUUCCAGGAGCCCCUUUUUUUAAAAAUAAACCACUAAUUGCUGGAUCCAUGUCUGGUACAGGUUUAAUGUCCAUAUAAUAGCUUGGCGUUAGCUUAAUGUGUCAAGGGUUAGUAUUUUCUGUAUUAACAAACUCAGCCAGGAGCCAAGUAAUAGUUAAAGAUGGCUGUUUUGGCAUUAUUCCUCAAACCAAUGGGUCUGUGAUCAUGAUUGUACUCUAACAAAUGUCAAUUGAAGAUUUAUCCUUUUUGAAUUUAGCAUGACUGUAUACUCAUGUUAACUUAUGAAUCUGAAUGCAAAAAUGCGUUUUUAUGCUGUACUAGACAUACCUUUUCAGAAACUCAGAUUACCUUGCCAAUAUUUCUUAAGUCAUUUGGGCGUCGGUCAUAUGCAUACAUUUAAAAUUUUAGCGGACCGAUUUUUUAUUUUAUUUGCUCCAUCAGAUUUGUGGUCAUAUGCAUGCGUUGUUUGACUUUCUGUAACCUUCACAUUUUAUGAAAAAAUAAACUAUUGAUUUUGUUGUAUUUCCAUUA